CGGUUAUCUUGAGAUUAUCAAUGACCCUAAUGAGAAAGGUGUGGUUGACCGCAGGUAAACAUGACAGUUUCUUUUUUCAUAUGCUACAUGUUCGCACAUUUCGAAAUAGAAUCCUAUCGUUUUGCUUUUUCUCGCCCCAUAUCAGCAUGAUGGUAAUUAGACGGCACAGCUGUGACUGGGCAGUAGUCUGGCUUCCUGGCAUUGUUGUCACGUGACAGCGAAGUCAGCUGAUUGACAUUAGUGUCAAAUGCACACGGUGGCUUUGACAAAGAAACAGGUGUGCGAGUCGGUCGCAGCAGCACAAUGACGAUUCGGAAGGUCAGCGAACAGAACGGAGGAGCAUCCACAGAAGUCCAUGACGAGGAUAACAAGAUAAAAAACAACUUACCCAUAGAUCGUGGUUGGGCAUGGGUCAUUGUUGGAGCCACAUUCUGUAUCAACUUGAUUCAAGUUGGCAUGUACCGUUCGUUUGGCAUCCUUUUUGUUGAAUUCCUGAAGGAAUUCAAAGCUUCAACGUCUGUGACGUCACUAAUCAUGGGGAUCUAUUCUGCAUCAUAUAGCCUAACAGCCUUGUUCGGACUCAGCAUUGUUCUGGACAGGUUCAGCAUUCGUUCGACGUGCAUACUUGGUGGCAUCUUAAUGUCCCUCGGUGGGAUCCUCAGCUUCUUUGCCAUGAACAUUGAGUUCCUCAUCUUCACUCAGAGUAUCCUGUCAGGAAUGGGAUCAGCCUUACUCUAUGGUCCCGGUCUUGUCAUCAUUGGUCUUUAUUUUGAGAAGAGGCGGGCCCUUGCUCAGGCAAUAAGUAGCUGUGGAGUAAGCCUUGGGGGGAUGAUAGUACCACAACUCAUCAGAUAUCUGUUGACCGAGUACGGACUAAGAGGCACGCUUCUAAUAAGUGGAGGACUACUUAUGGAAAUUCUGAUCUUUGUUCUUCUGUACAGACCAGCGCCAUGUAGACAGAGGCUGGAACCUGAAGAAACCAAUGGACUUGAUGUAUUGGAGAGGUUUAAGGAACAGAUUAAAAGUAAAAGUGAUUUUGAAAUUGUUUCUAUAGAGCCCAUAAACGACAAUAUUUCCCUUCCUCCCACACCAAUCACUCUGUCUCGAAUCGGCCACAUUGGAAAUGGAAUCAGAAAUGGACACACCGAAACUGAUGCUGUGAAUGGUCGUCCCAAACAGAACAUAUCUGUUGCGAAGAUGCUCAUGCAGAAACAUGAACCAUUCCGAAUACGAACAGAAUCUGACCCAACAAUUCAACUACAUAAACGAGGUGUCCUACGUUCCCUCCGUGUUCAAAAUGAGCCUCUUCUCCCCGAUGGAUCCGCCGAUGGUGUCCAAAGUUCUCAGAGUGAGACUAACAUUUCCGAUGAGAGCAGUUCUCCUGGUGAGAAUGAAGACCCGUUGUCUCCAAUCCGUCUUCACCAAACCCACAAAGGACACGACAGCUACUUCGGUAGUUUCAUUGACACACUGUCACAGUCCAGUUAUCUUAAAUACGCCAGCAUUGCUGACAUCAAUAUAGUCUCAACUCUAAGUCUCAACAACAUCAUUACCCAUUCUGAAAAUGUUGAAGAAUUUGAAGGAAAUGUCUCCUGUUGUACGAAGGUUAGAAGAUCACUUGACUUCUCAGUUUUGAAACGAGCUACGUUCUAUGUGAUUGCCUUUUUCAACUUUUUCGGUGUUUGCGCAGUUUCACUCUUUGCCGCAUACCUCCCAGCAGCCGUAGAGGAAGCUGGCUUUACAAAUGUGGAAUCAGCAUUGCUGAUCACAAUAUAUGCUGGAGUCGACUGUCUCAGCCGAUUUCUGUCAGGAGUGAUAGUUGAAUCAGGAAAAAUCAGGGCUCAUCAUUUACUUGCUAUAUUCAUGACUGCUACAGGUGUGUUGUACCAAUUAACAAAAUAUUAUACCUCCUUCAACCUUUUGAUCAUGUAUUCUGUGCUAUUCGGGAUGUUUUCUGGUGGCUUUCCUGCAAUGAAUCCUGUGGUGAUGGUUGAACUUCUUGGCCUGGAGACCUUUCCUAAAGCUCUUGGAUUUGUGCAGGUUUUCACUGGUGUCUCUCUCGCUGCAAUACAUCCCGUGCUGGGAGCCUUAAGAGACAUCACGGGAACAUACCAUGCGUCCUCUCAUCUAUUAGGUGCUUGCGCUAUAAUCUCGUCAGUCUUUCUCCUCCUCGAGCCUCUUGCUCGUAAAUGGGACUGUUCCAGGAACACCAAAACCAAAGAAGGGGAACUCAAAGCUUUGAACAGUUCUGGUAACAAGGCCAUGUGAUAGUGAUGAAAUGUAGUAUUGUUUGCGUACGAUAGUAAUGCUGUAUGGACGAAUGCAGUGUGUGGUAGUGUAUGAUUUAAACGUGAGUAAGUCAUAAAGAUUAUAAAUGAAUUCUGAUAUUGACAAUCAGUUGAUGUUAAAUUAUCUUCCUAGCCUUGACAAUAUACAAGAGACUCUUCAUCUUUCAUUCAUGUAAAUGUAAUAUGCAAAGCCUUAUUUUUGUCACGAUAUCGCCAUCCUUUCAUCUGAAUAUUAUUUUAACCUCAUGCAACAUUGACAUUAAGUGAAACUAAUCAGACAUUAUCAUUCUAGACUGUGGUUAAACGACGAUAUUAUUGAUUCGUUUUGAUACUUAAAUUCAUUUAUCAGCUCCCAUCAACGUUAUUAUCCGUAUAAUCUGUAUUCAUUCCAUUUGUUUCAUGUCCACUUACAAAUUGAAACAAUAAGUUAACCCAGAAAUGGAUACGUUAAUGAAUUCAGUUUGAAACCAACAAACCACAAAUAAAUCAUAUACAAUAAACAAUUGUAUUAUAAAAUGAACUAGGUUUACACACCAAUACAAAUUACUGCAAAGUAAUUACAAUGGCACUACGAAACAGAGUGGCACUACAAAAUUCAAUGGCAGUACGAUUGCAAUGGCAGCAUAAAAUAUAAUAACAGUGGAAAAUAUUCACCUAGCAGCAACAGUGGCCAGUGAAUAUUCAGGGUACAAACAAUGAUCUUCACAUAUCCGCUAGUCUUGAUGUAAUGUGAGAUGUAAUAUGAGAUGAGCGAGGCACGUAUUUGUCCCCUUUUAUAGGUUAAAUACCUUCUAGAAGGUUGUAUACAGUGCUGGAUAAGUCUUGCUGUUCUAGAAAAUUUCAAAAAGAAAAGCAUCUAAAUAUAGUUACUUUCACUGCCAUUACCUACAUUAGAUAGUCAUACAUUCCUGACAACUGAUCAUUGUCAAAACACAAUGCUGUGAACUUCUACCGAAUCUUAACAGAAGCAAUUCCAACAUUAACAUUAAAUAUUCCACAUAUAUAUAUAUGAACAUUUCCUCCAAAUGACACACAAUUACAAUUGCUGCAAGCAAUAAACACCAUAUUUUUGUAAAACAGAAACUGUUUGAUUUAAAACUUUGAAUAUCAAACCUUUAAGAAUGCAUUUUGUAUUUAUGAUCUCAAGAGUAAAUUGCUUUCAUAAGUGGCUUUCGUUUAGAAAUAGUUCCUACUAUUAACGACUUUUAAUUUGAAUACUUUCGUUCACCUGUGGGACAUACAUAACUAUCAUUCAGACAUUCUCAUUAUAAUAUAUGGCUCAAAGUGUAUAUAACUGUGUAUGAUCAUAAUGGUCAAUACGAAGACUUUUUACAUGUAUUAUGCAAAUGUCACAAUAAAUAUUCAAGAAACAACAUCAACAAUUUUUGUCAUGCUUU